ACCAAAACCGAAACCGCCGAUCUAUAAAUCGUAACUAAAUCAGCAAAUCCCCUGCAUUUCACCGUAACGAACUCUAUCAUUUUCCAUCAAUUCAAGGAGUCGAUCCGGCAUAUCCGUCUUUCCAAGGUAUCGCUCCCGAUCGGCUUUGCUUCGUUCCUUUUUCUUCCAUUUGCGGGAUUUGAGGUUUUGAAUCAUUGCUGCAUCGGUUGGUGGUGGUGGUGGCUGGCGCGCCUGCUCUAUAUAAAGGUCCUGGAUCUGUAGGGUUAUCUCACUGUUUAAUUUGUCGAGAUACGGAUCUAAUCUCGUUAGGACGAGAAGACAGGCGAUCUUUUUCUAAAUUCCUUGACCAGUUGUUUGAGCGGAGAUCGGAGCGAUGACGAAGGAGUCAGCCAAUGGGGAUCAGCACACCAUCACGCGGCCGCCUCCGACGCCUUCUCCUCUGCGAUUUUCCAAAUUCUUUCAGGCUAAUCUGCGGAUCUUGGUUACUGGGGGUGCCGGAUUUAUUGGAUCUCAUCUGGUUGACAGGUUGAUGGAAAAUGAGAAACACGAGGUUAUUGUUGUGGAUAACUAUUUUACUGGUUCAAAGGACAAUCUCAAAAAGUGGAUUGGGCACCCAAGAUUUGAGCUUAUUCGACAUGAUGUUACGGAACCAUUGCUGGUAGAGGUCGAUCAGAUCUAUCAUCUUGCUUGCCCUGCUUCUCCAAUUUUCUACAAAUACAACCCUGUAAAGACCAUAAAGACGAAUGUUAUUGGCACCUUAAACAUGUUGGGGCUUGCAAAGAGAGUUGGAGCAAGGAUCUUACUCACAUCGACCUCAGAGGUUUAUGGCGAUCCUCUUGAGCAUCCCCAGAACGAAGAGUAUUGGGGCAAUGUUAAUCCAAUUGGAGUAAGGAGUUGCUAUGAUGAGGGGAAGCGUGUGGCAGAGACUUUGAUGUUCGAUUAUCACAGGCAGCAUGGCAUAGAAAUUCGGAUUGCUAGAAUUUUCAAUACAUAUGGACCACGCAUGAACAUUGAUGAUGGUCGCGUAGUGAGUAAUUUCAUAGCUCAAGCACUCCGAGGUGAAUCCUUAACAGUCCAAGCACCAGGAACACAAACUCGGAGUUUCUGUUACGUUUCUGACAUGGUUGAUGGUCUUAUUCGCCUGAUGGAUGGAGAGCACACUGGUCCAAUCAACAUUGGAAACCCUGGUGAAUUUACAAUGAUGGAGCUUGCAGAAACUGUGAAGGAGUUGAUUGACCCAACAGUGGAAGUGAAGAUUGUGGAGAAUACACCUGAUGAUCCACGUCAGAGGAAGCCUGAUAUCACAAAGGCCAGGGAACUGCUUGGCUGGGAGCCCAAGAUAAAAUUACGCGAGGGUUUGCCGCUCAUGGAAGAGGAUUUCCGUCAGCGUCUUGGUGUACCCAAAAAGCACAACAACUAGGCCCUACGGCCUUUGUAGCUUCAGAUCGACCGCAUCCAGUCUGCAUUUUUGCAAGCGCAUGCAUGUUGGGUUUCUUCGUAAUAAGUGUUUGGGUAGUGUCUCUCUGAUAAACAGAUAAAUGCAAUUGUCAGUAGCGAAUCAGAGGAAUGCAUUUUUAAUCCUGCAGCUAGGUUGUAUUGAGGGUAAGUCAUGCGUCAGUUAUAAUGAAGAAUCAAAGCAUGAAGUUUAUAAAUUUGUUUUUCUCC